UCAAUCUGUUUGGUCCGAACAGGUCUGGUUCGGACCAGCGGAAGUGUCGUCUCGUCUGUUAACAUUUGGAGCCGCGAAACCACUACAGGUCGAAAGCCUUCGAGCGGCGAUUUCUCCAAAGCUCUUCUCCCGAUUUCAGAUUCUCGAUUUGAACAUCCAUCUUUUCCCAAAUUUCAAUUUUGUUUCCAUUUCUCGUUUUCAUUCGACGAUCUGUGGCUUCCGAAGAUGAUUUCCGCUUUGAAUUCUGCUUAUCUACCGACUUUUCCUGCGAACUCGAACGUCACCGGUGGAGUCCGCCGUGAAUUUCCGACCGCUGGAUUCGUUCCCACCAUAAGAAUGUGUUCUCGUUCUCCUUCGGCAUCUCUCAAGGGUGGUUCAUGCUUAAAAAGAGACAUGAACAGACAAAGAAGCAGUCUCGAGUCUAUGUUCUGUUAUGACAAGCCAAUACCGGAAGAGAGAAUUGAGGAGCCGGUCGGACUGUCUCUGUCUGAAAAAGAGAUUGGGGACAAUCAGCGAUGCUCUUGUUGCGAAGCCAAAGGUGCAGUGCUUUGUGCCACUUGCUCCGGCACUGGUUUGUACGUUGACUCGAUAAUGGAGAGCCAAGGCAUCAUUGUGAAGGUCCGUUGCUUAGGUUGUGGUGGGACUGGUAACAUUAUGUGCACAGACUGCGGUGGGCGAGGUCACAUAGGACACUGAUGACUUAUUCGAUUCUCUUGCUUUCUCUCUCGACUCUGUAUUAGCUCAUGUGUCUUGAAAUUCAAACUAAGGUUUCGUUUCCAUAGUAGCCUUUCGAAUCUUAUCGUUGGAAUCUGUUUUCUUAUGGUGAUUUAUGAACAACAAAUCACACACAUAUAUAUAGAUGUAUUCCAGUAUCUACAGACUACA